GGCGGCGCACCACUCAGCCGAACUGGAUCCCGUCGUUCACAGGGCUCGGCCAAAGAAAAGAAACCAUGGCGUCGUUCUUCUCAGUCUUCCACCACCGCGGCAGCCAAUCGACAGCGUGGAGCUUCGAACAACUCUGCCAUGGGCAUCGGAGCACUGGCGUCAGCCAGUUUGAACCUGUCAGCUGGGAUGGGAGGCUCAGGUGCACCAUCACCAGUGUCUCCCCCUACAGCUCCUCUAACUGCCUCUACAACGAACUCACCCACUGCAAUCUCUUCCCCCGCCACCUCCCUAGGACCUUCAUCAAGACAUUUCCGGGCUCGUACCAACUCAAUGUCAGGUUCAGAGGAUGACGAGGACGAGCUCUCACCUGACGCACUGAGCAUGGAGCUAGAGGAUGAGGAUAUUCCGAGCAUAACGGGCUUCGCAGUUGCGAGCAUGAAGAGACAACAGGAUUUCCAUGAGCUGUUCCCAGAGGUCGGCCAGGACGACUAUCUCAUUGAGGACUAUGGUUGUGCCUUACAGAGAGAAAUUCUCAUACAAGGCAGGCUAUAUAUCUCGGAGAAUCACGUCUGCUUCCAUGCCAACAUCUUCGGUUGGAUAACAAACUUCGUCAUACCUUUCCACACCAUCGUUCAACUUGAGAAGAAGAUGACCGCAUUCGUUAUACCCAAUGCCAUUGGCAUCACUGCUACCAAUGACACCAAAUACACUUUCGCUAGUUUUCUUUCCCGCGAUACCACCUACGAUGUCAUGAUGAACAUCUGGAGACUUUCCCGCCCUGGAGCCGAAAGCGCUUCCAACAGCUACCGAGAAGGCAGUCUUCUGGAGGACCAAGACAGUGACCUCGAUGGGCAGUCGAUGUUCAGCAAGUCACAUGGCCCUGAUGAAGACCACCUGCAAACAGCGGCGGGUAUACCAGUGAAUCCAAAUGACAUACUUACUCCAACACCGGCCAAUUCCAAGACUGUCGGAAAUGCUGCAGUCUCCACGUCCAAUCCAUCGAUGAACCACCAUCACCACUUUGCCAGUACGAAGAGGUCGUAUAGCUCGCCCAAGCCCCAUAAGGUGACCCAGUGCGCAUGCUCGCAGCAGGGCGAGCAUUUCCCUGACACGUGUAUGGAUGCUGUCUUUCCCGGUACUCUGGAAAGCAUAUACAACCUAAUGUUUGCGAGCGGUUUCGUGAAAGACUUCAUGACCAGCGAACAGGGUCUAAGGGGCCUGCAGAUAUCCGACUGGAAGCCAGAGACAAGUGGAUCGCAUCUGCUAUCCCGACAAAUGACAUACAUUAAGCCGCUAAACGUGUCCAUCGGCCCCAAGUCAACAAAGUGCGAGCUGAAGGAUGAGACUAUGUAUGUCGAUUUCGACGACUAUGUCACCAUGAUGACGACUACCCGAACGCCGGACGUGCCAAGUGGAGGUGUGUUUGCUGUGAAGACCCGCACAUGCCUGACUUGGGCCGGCACGACGAGCACGAGAGUGUUAGUGACGACGAUGGUGGAGUGGACAGGCAGAAGCUUCAUCAGAUCUAUCAUUGAUAAGAGUGCCAUUGAUGGGCAGCGAGUUUAUCAUCGGGACCUGGAACAGGCUAUGCGCAAAUAUAUCAACGAGCAUCGUGGAGAAUUCGUCCCGGAAGGCCAGAUAGUUCCUACCGAGCCUGCCUCUCCCGUAGAACCAGCGCAGCCACCGCUAGAAGUUCUGUCUGCACCAAUUGGCGUCUCCGCGAAGGAACCGUCCACCAGUCGUGCAAAACUCGAUGGCAUGCGUGGCUUGCAGUGGCUUCUGGAUACCGUCACUGGUGCCAGCAACGUAGCUCGACAGAGCUUCUGGGGUGCAAUUGACCUCAUUGGCGAUAUUAUCGAAGACUGGAAUUGGACAUCUGUGCUGGCACUGGUUGUGUUCUUCCUCAUUGUCAGCAAUGUAUGGACGUUGAUGAGCCUGAGACAAGCUAGCCGAAGAGAGGAGCUUACAAAGCUGAGGCAAGCUGAGUACGGCCGAGUCGCUGGCUCGUAUGGCGGUGGAUCAGUGGUCCUGCCCGGAGAUGAGGAAAAGGUUGUGGCAGCCAGCGUUGCGACCGAGGCUGUGAAGGUAUUUCUUGAAGAGAUGGUAGGUGCCUCACGCCAGGGUCAGAUUGUGCUGCCUUCGGCCGGAGAGUCUCUCUCUACCAGAGAGGAGAUGGAUAUGAUCCUGAGGGCAUUAGAUGACAUCGAGAAGCGCGUCGAGAGGAUGAAGACAUCCGUGAGAGAAUUAGAUGGAGCAGCAUAG